CUAAAACAGGCAGGAGAAAUCGUUGAUAAGUUAAAUGGAUCUAGGACUUCAGCUGGUGAAGAUAUCACAACUCCUAGCAGUGCGGGUUUGCAGUCUGCUAUGUUGUCCAUUAGCUCAACUGUCGAACGAGCUAGAUCAAUGGUGAACAGUUCGUCUACUUCAGCAUCAUUUGCUAGACUUAGCAAGAAGGAAGGGCUAAGAGCAAUGAACCCACAGCUUAGUAAGAAAGCAAAGCCUGUUGAGAAGACAUUUGAAUUUGUAUUUUUGAGCUUUGAAGAGGGAGAUGGCCACGAUCGCAAAGCAUUUCUUUUGGAUGACCAUGCAAUCAAGCUCAGAGGGUUUGUUAGCCUUGAUUCUUUUAUGGAUGAGAAGCAAAUAAGAAACAGAUUUGAAGAAGCUAUUCAGCUUAAAUACCCUACCAUUCUUGGCAGGGAUUUGGAAUUUUUGAAGGCUAAUAGUGUUGGGGACCAUAUGCAGAGAACUCUUUUACACGUAGCCACACCAAUACAAGUCAUUCCAUGAUUGAGUAAACCUUCUUUUAAAUUUAAACAUUUUCACCAUUUGACAUUGCGUGUUGUUUUGACUUGAUCUUCGUACACCUACGGUAAAAACUGCAAAACGAGGCACAUGUACUUACAUAUUUCUAUGUGAUAAAUGGGUAGGAAAAGCACAAAACUUCAACAAUCAAAAUGAACACAGCACUCAAGGUCCUGACACGAGAUUACUCUCGCACUAAAACAUGUGCUACUGAUCAUGUGACCUAAUAUAAGUCCGCAAUUUGUGCUUGGCUGCUAGUCGGCCCAAACAAAUAGAAGAAAACUAACCAAGCCAGUAUUGGCAGGCAAGUUCACCUUCAAAGAAAUAAGGUUGUUGGCUGCGCAAAGCUGUAUCUAUGUAAAGAUGAAAGAUGGUUUUGAGUGCUUCCUUGAAGAUGGGGAAGAAGUGGGUGUCCAGGAAUUGUUAGAAAAAGAUGAAAAUCUUAUGAACUUUACAAAGCCAGCAUCACAAACAACGCAUGUCAGUGAGCCAAUAGAAAUCCCCUGCAUUAGUGGUACCUCUCAGAAUGAAGAUCAAGAUCCUGUAAACAAUUCCAGUGGAUGGAUCCGUCUCAUGAACAUGGCCAUUAAAUAUAAAUAUUUCAACAAAGGGCUUAGAGAGCAUUUGGCUGAUGAGUACUGCCAUGUUGGUGUUAUGAUGGGAAUAGCACUCCUUCAAACUGGACAGCUUCCUUGUUAUAUGCCACUGGAUGCCAUCGACAAGCUCACCACAGUAACCAGCAACAAGUGUAUAUCUAAUACUCAAACGGGUCUAGAUGUGUUUGGUCUUGCAAAGAUCAUGAGGAAGUUUCCAAUUCUUCUCCAUUUGUUAAGACCAACCAACCACCGUUUAACACCCAAGAACCUGAUAAGACUCCUACAGCCAACAUUCUCUGAGGAAGGUACAUGAAAAUAUAUGUCAUUGCAGCAUCAUUCUUGAUGUCAUUUGAAAUCAUAUUUUGCACUAUGUUAGCUGGAAACAACUUUCUUUGAUGUUAAUUGAAUAUCAAUUUUUAAUUUAAGGUACCACAACUUUUCAAAAAGAGAAGGAAAUAUACUCGCUAUUUAUAGAAUAUGUGAGGGAAGUGGGUAGUGGAUGUCGGGCAGUCACACUGGAAUCCAUCCUUAUUUUUUGUAUGGGAGCUUCAGAAGAGCCAGUGUUGAGCUUUUCUGUAAAUCCAUCCAUUCGAUUUGCUAAAGAAAUGAUUGAGGUAUGUGCACAUUUAAUUACCAAAACAAAAUGAACUGUUGUGGCUACCCAAUUCAGUCAAAUUCGGUUGAAAAAUAUUGGAGUGAUGUGUGCUUCAUCAUAUGGCUUCACCACAUGACUCGCAAAUAUUUGAUUGGCUAUGGGUGCUUCAUAUAUACCUAGCUACAGUAGCAUAGAUCCCAUGCAAAAAGAGCAAGAGACUGGGAAUGAGUAUCUUAAGCAAUCAAUAUUCUAAAAAUCCGGUUUAGGAAAAAGAAUAGAGUGUAUCUAAAAUAGUACUUUGUUGGUGGUUUUGUUUCAUACAUCCAAUGGUUGAUACCUAAGCUACAAGCAUCUGAUGUGCUCAAUCAAAUGAAAGCUAUUCAUUCGUAUCAUUACAUAUAUUCUUAAACUCAGAUGUAAGCAGAGCCACGACUUUUUGCUUAGAGUCUAUGUUCACUUUGGUCACCAUUGGUUUGGCUGUACAGUAGUUAAUCAUGGUCUGGCCCACGUCAGAAAUGUGUUCGGGUACACGAAAAUCUAAUAAUAACACCAGUUUGUCUUUUGCAGACCGAAGAUUCCCUUAGCACCAUUUACAAGUACUUGCCUAAAGCGUAUACUUGCACCAAUGAGCUGAUACUUCCAAUUGGGCCAUUAAAGGCCAAAGUGCCUAAAGAUGAAGAUAUCUUCCCCAUUUAUGAUAUUGCUUUUGCAAACAACUUUUUUGGGUCCAUGUAA